AUGACUGGUCACGAAGCCAAUGCCCACGAGUCCCGCUUGAGGGUUACAGCUGGUCCCGUUCAUCACAGUGAUACCCAUCAAGAGGUACCCGUAAAUGGUGAUACAAUACGCAUAGAAAAUGAUCAUGCCAUCGUGAGUCUGUGUGUGCGUAUUAAAGGCUAUACAGGAUAUCCCAAAAACUCGCCCUCCACCAGCCCAUACUUCGAGCACCCUCUACAUACAAAGGACUUGUACUCCAUAUGUUUCUCGAUCGUCUUCAAAGAGCGCGUGAACGGCAACGAUCUCGUCUUCGGCAAUGACUUUGACCAUCCGAUCCGCGAUAUACUGCCCCCGGGCUUCAAUGCCGCGCUGCGGAUGGUUAAAUGGACGCUUGAUCCGGGAUUAGAUGGAGAUGUCUACGCAGAGCAACCAUAUCUGUUCAGCCCAGCCCUGGCUACGUGGGAUAUACUCCGGAUUGGCGAUAAGAUGAGCAAAUCUGACGGAGUUCCAAAGCUUCAUGAUGAAGUGGUCGAAGAGGGAGCUUACAGUGAAGAGGCUGCGGAGAAUCGUCGACAGUCUAAUAUCCCUGAUACAGUCGAGGGGCGCAGAAAGCAUUUCCAGGAUGAAGGGAAUAGGAAAGACUUCGAGUUCGAGCCAGGUAGGAUGUAUGUGGCAGAUUUUGGAAAUCCUUAUCUGGAUUUCACUGACUUCUCGGUUCGUCUGCCUGGUUUCACGUUGCAUGUCAUGAAGUACGUGGAAGAGAAGAACCAUGAGUUGCGCUAUACACUCAAGGACAGAUCUACUGGGCAGGUGUAUCUUGCCAUUGUCUUCUCUGUGGUUCUCGCGGAAAACCGAGACAAGCAAGGACAGAGUACCCAGGACAAAAAUGAGAAUUUAGGAAAGUUUGACUGGGAGCCGGAGCCAUCAGCUGGUGACGUGGAGUAA